GACAAAGAUCACCCGCGCUCCGCUGCACCACCCCGAGGAUGGUGGCCGGGUCUCCUGCACUGCUCCUCCUGCUCAGCCUGGGGCUCUGUGAGUAUGGAAGCGGGCUUAUUGGGAACCUGUGCCGGGAGGAAGGAGAACAAUGGGUGAAGGCAUUCCCCUUGCACCACAGCCAAGAAACUGGGCAAAAGAAACCAAGGGGAAAGAAGGGGAAAACCAAAAGGACAGAAUUGAGGCUGCUCAGUGACUGUGCAGGGAAGCAGGAGCGGUGGGAUUGCAGCGCAAUACACAGCAGGAACAGAGCCUGUUCUGAUAAGUGUUGCUGGAGGGGAUGGGGAAGGGGAGAGAGGGGGCAUGAGGUACUUGUUACUGGGGAAUCACCUGGCAAAGAAGCUGGGAAAUGGUAGCAGCUCUGAGAAGGCAGCUGGAGGGCUGCUCUGAAGGGCAGCAUCUAUCUCGAGAGCCUGGCGAUCUCAGUGCUGAGUCCGCAGGGACUCCAGCACAGCACCCAAGCAUGCUGGAUGCCAAGGCCCUCCCUCCGCAUUCUCCCUCACAGCCUGGCUGCCUGCCUGCCAUGCACUGCACCGACAGGGAAGAGCCCAGCCCAAACACCUUGGGAGCUCUUCCUGAGCAGCACCUGAGGGCACAUGGCCAACUUCUGCCCACAGGCUGCACCAGUGCCCAGGGACACAGGUACGCGAUGGCAGUCAGGUUCCUCAACAGGAGUAUGAAGCACCCCAAAGAGGGACAGCGGCUGGAGCUGGAGUGUGUGAAUUACAACAGUGACAAUGGGGUCUUUUGGAUCCGCCUCGAUAAGGAUGAGAACCUUCACUUCAUUGUCUACAUUUCCAAGUAUUCCUGGACCACUUUCUCAGGGAACAAGGGAGCAUCUUCACAAUUUGAGGGGUCAAAACAAGGCAGCUCCUAUCAGCUGGUGGUGAAGAACUUCAGUGCACGGGACCAGGGGAUCUAUUUCUGCAUCGCCAACAUCCACCCCAUGCUGCACUUCAGCACUGGACAACGUGCCUUCUUCCCAGUCCCAACUACAGCAGCAGCACCCACCACACUCAGAGCAGUCACACUCACUGCCACCACCCAGAGCAGUCAGGUCACCAUGAAGGACAUCUCCUGGCACAGCCCAGAUCCAGGAAGAAGCAAGGAGAACAUGCCCAAUUUCUACUGUAAAUCAGUCAUGUGGGUUAACCUGCUUUGUGCCUGCCUCCUGCUCCUCACUGCCAUAACCAUCACCAUCACGCACUGCCAAAGACCAAGCUCACCGUAAGCAAGCAGUGCUGCGUCGCUGCUCAGCAGAAGGCACACAGGCGUCCUCCUCAAGCACCGCACGGAUCCCAUCAGCAACACACACAGCUGCCCUGAUGCAGCGCAGGCAUUUGGCUGCUACUGCUCUGCUGCCCACCAGCACUGCACACCUCCCGCGGCCUGACAUGUGCUCCUGCCCCACACUGCUGGGACACACCCAGACCGCGGGGGACAGCGCUGACCCUAAGAAGCCGGGCAGCUCCGUGCUGCUGUGGAAAAGUGCUGUGUGCUGUGCUGGACAGCUGAACCUUCCACGAGAUGACCAAUAAACCAAUCAUAUACAAAA